GCAGCCUCGGGCCCUGCCUGCCGCGGCGCCCCGUCAGCGGAAGGAGGAAGGAAGCGCCAUGGCCGAGGCCUGGGCUGGCUUCUCGCAGGAGGAGCUGCGGCGCCUGCGGGGCCAGCGCCCAGAUUUGUAUGAACCCUUGGAGCAGCAGCAUCGCCCGCACACUGUGAAUAAGAGUCGGAAGCAAUUGCAACGAGAAAAAGCCCUCCAGCAGCAAUGUCAGAAGCUGGGACUGCAGGGUGGAGCAGCCUCUGUUCCUCCUGAGCAGUUGCUUUCUGUACCAAAACACAAGCCUUGUCAUCCUCAGCAGCCCGUGCCACCGCCUCAUCCUCCUUCAGCAGGAGAUGAAAAGCAGAAUGACAACCGAGACCAGCAGAAGGAAGUGACACCGGUAGAUCCCUGUAAUGGCAGUGACAAUGGCCAGACCCGCCCUGCAAAGCCAAACUCCAAAGUGGAGAAAAAGAAAGUGGAAUUGUUAGUAAGUCGGCAGGAAAAAUCACGAUGGGAAAUCCUCCAGCAAGAGCAGCGGCUGAUAGAAGAGAAGAAUAAACGCAAGAAGGCACUCCUGGCCAAAGCUAUUGCUGAGAGAUCCAAAAGAACUCAAGCUGAAACAGUGAAACUAAAACGGAUUCAGAAAGAGUUACAAGCUCUGGAUGACAUGGUAUCUGCUGACAUUGGCAUCCUGCGGAACCGCAUUGAUCAGGCCAGCUUGGACUACUCCUAUGCCCGCUGUCCCCAGUUGCUCCUCAAGAGAUUCUAAGUCCUAGUGGAUAGGUCUGUUCCUCAUUACAGUUCUAUUCAGCUCAUCAGGGGACAUACAGAAGAGCAUCUGACAGAAGAGUUGAAUUGUAAUGGUAUUUACAGGAAGCACAUGCAUACCAUUUUGCAUAGAGUUUGUGGUUCUCUAGUAGGCUAAAAUGUGGUUAAGAUAGUCCUACUAAUUGCACCUUUUUGUCACGGGUAAGAUUAUUGUUUGAACUCCUCAAACCAAAAAAGGCAAAAAAUUAUAAGUCCAAAGAUCUUUUUGACAACUACUUAAGAAUAUGAGUUGCCUAGAAGGGAGUAAGUUUAUAUCCAACAAAAUUACUUAAAAGCUGAAAAAUUCUCAUGUGCCAUCCUGAUAGUGCUGGUGCUGUUUCUGCCUGACAGGGAAGAUGUUAGAGUCAGCAGUUUCUGUUCUCUUAUAAGUCCUUCACCGAAGUUCUGGACAGUUCUGUCUUUAACGUCUGAGCUUGCAAAAUGAAGUGAACUGGCUGGAAGCCACAUGAAACAGCCAUAUGAAAUAACAAUAGGCAGCCUAGCAUUUAGUUGCUCUCUCUAGACAGGGAGCUCAGGAGUUAAAUUGUUUGAUCUGAGUUAUGAAGCCUUUCUCUGACGUGUGAUAUAAACCACUACCAUGGUGUCAGUUCCACUUUGGAAGUUCGCAAAUGUUUUGAUGGGUGCCAGUGUGCCGGUUUAACAGUCCCCCUAUGCCGGAGCCAAGCAGUCCAGUCGUAAUUGUAACAACAUGUGUGCUGGUCAGAAAUGCCAGGAUAUGAUUUUGGUGCAACAAAAGAGUUGGGUUUUUCCCUUGUUUUUCCUUGAAGGAAAGAGAACAGUUGGAAUUGAGGCUCUUCAAGCAAAAGCCAUUUCUACCUUUGUAGUUGCUGAUGCAUCUUACGUUUGACUCUGCUGUCACGGGAGUGCAGUGAAGGCAGGUGUGCUGUCCACUCAGCUAGCAUGUCGUAUCUCUUCAGAAAAAUGGAAAAAUUAGAAGUUCAGCAUAGAUCAGGAAUGGGUGGGCAGAUUUUUAAGUGAGAGCCUCUUGUGGGUAGAGGUAGAAAUCUGAACGUGAAGCAUGCUGGGGUUGGACACCCAUGGCAGUGAAAAUAGAGCAAUGCAUGAUAUCUGACAGUAACACUGCAGGGCUCAUCACAGGGGACUUGCAUUUUCCUGUGGCAAUGUAGCUGUUUCUGUGUUGGGCCGCUGCAUUGCCAUUAUGGGAAGAAGUGGAAAACACCGAUAUAUACCACUGUGUGAAUAUUACAAAGCACAAUAUAAUUGCCCAUGUUGCAGUUUGGCCAGGAUGUCGGGAUUAACACUCCCUCCUCUGUCAAGAAAUGUUUAAAUGAGCACAGAUGGUCAUGGCUCAGCCUGGGGUUCCCAUGGAUGUCUAGUGUGUGGUGUAAAACACUUGGACAAUCCCCAAAUCUGAUUGUAUAUCCAGCCAGAUGAAGUUGGGCGCUCAAGAGGUUUCAGCUUAGGGUAGCUGUCUGGGGAGAGACUCAAGUUCUCCGUUAGCCAUUCUUCUUCCUAAUACCUUCUGCAAUGCAGUGGAGUCUUCCCUUUGAGCCUAAACUGAAUGAGGAAAAACUAGUAAGAGUGAAAAGUAGCAACUGGCCUAGUGGUUGGGGGUACUGUGUUUCCUGACUAGCUGUAUUAAGAACAUGCUAGAAAGGAUUGCUUAUGGGCCAGUUACUCUAUCCUGGGGAAGUUCUGGAGCCAAAGAGGCAGAGCACUAUCGAAUUGCCUCCCAUGCUGGGAUUUCCUCCGUUCUGCAUUUUCUGCUUCAGACAGUAGGAUCUGUCCUACUAUCUGUCCUUUGUCAAGGUUCAAACUUGGAUCAAAAUCCCUGUGAUAUGGAUUGUCCCAGCCUGAGGCCUGGUACUUUGCCAGAUGCCCCUUGUGUGGGAUCUUUGAGCAUUUGUGGGUCCUGGACUGAGUUUAGUACUUUUGCGUGGUUCUGUGUAGACUUAGUGUCUUGGGUCUCUAUGCUCCGCUCCUGAGCUUGCCAUAGCUGUGUAUAAGGGUUCAUGCAGUUGCUGAGAGCUAGAUAAAAUUUUUCUGCAGGCCAUAUCCGACCCAGAAAUCGUAUGUUCAACACUUUGGUAUUCUAUCACAAUCCCUCUUCUAAUUCUGUGGAUAUAAGCAGGUGUGGUGCACAAGGGACAAAGGGUUUUGCCAGUGGCAAUGCAAACAGGGUGUAGAGAUGUGGGCUGGUAUUAUAGAAACCACAUGCUUGUUAAGUGCCCUAUUUAGGCUUGUCUGCAUGGUCCUAUUAAAGCGAGUGUUGGCUCCUUUGAUGGGGCACGAGACUGGUUUCCUUCAUCAUUUCCCCUGAUUUAUGUCCCAGCAGCAAACCUGUAUGUCAGUGGGGAAAGACCAAGUAACGAGAGAAGUUAGCCAAGCCUCACCCCAUCGGCAUGAUAGGACAUCAGAUCCUUCAAAUCCUUGCCUUUGGCAGCCUGUUAGUUACAGGGUUUAAAUCAUGCCUUUUAAGAUGCAGGUAGAGACACUAAAAAGCUUGGGCCUUUCUGAAUUAGGGCCUGGAUUGUGUAGUUAGAGUCAUUUUCUCAAUUAGCUAAACAUAAAUCAGUAUAACGAGGCGCUUGGGAGCACUGGGCAGGUUUAGUACCUUGUCUCUCCUGCCUCUGUCCAUACCACUCCCACCUGCUUGUUUGGCUGAUCAGCCAGUGAUUUUAUUUUUCCACACUGCUAGAGUUGAGCAGUGGGUUUUAAUGUCUGAACUGGUUUUCACACCUGGCACGUGUGUGAGAGGUGAGAACUGGGAGAAGUUGCUCUUAUGCGGUAAGUAAAAGGAGCCCUCAUGUGUGGCAGAGAUCUGACAGUCUUAGCACUCCAUGCCACACCACCCUUCAGAGAAUGGGGACAGUGUCCUAUUGAAUAGGCAAUGGUGGGUGGUGGCAUGAGUGCAGAAAGUCUAGCAGCAUCAGGGAUGCCGUUCGAUGUGAUAUCUGGGACUGCAAAGCAUGUGUGGGGCCAGGAGCUCCGUUUGUACUCUAGAGCUGGGUAGCGAACACAUGACUCCCUUUUCCAGGGCUACACCAUGUAAGGGAUGUGCUGUUUCCUGGACACUGCUGGAUAAUUGAGAUGGGACAGGUUGCCCUGCAAGCCCAGUUCAGCUCAGUCCUCUGGGGGAGCACUGGGAUCCAUUUGAGCAGGCAGUGAGAGAAAAGCUUGGAGGUUCCUUGCAGCAAAGAAUGAAACCCCAAGAGCUGGAAGAACCCAUUUUAUGCCUUGUGAUGCCAUUGAAGUGGAUAUAAAUGAUCCAAUGUGAAAGCUGCAGUGCUAGGAACACCUCUUCAGUCUCUUCCAUUUUGCAGAAUGGGGGAGGAUGUGGCAAGAUAGCUGAAUGAAGGAACAGAAUCACUGUUCACCCAGACCAUGCACGGACAGAAGCUGUGGCCCUUCCUGGGUCUGGUUUCAAGGGUUGGAGCUGAGUAAGACAAAAACACCGAAACCAACCUUAAUUGCUUUGUGGGUAAUAAAAGUGAAACAUGGGUCAUAAAUAAAUCCCUGAAUGACGGGCCUCUUUAACUUUCCCCAUGCACGGUUUCUUGCUUUUCCCUGAAGCAGUUGGUAGUGCUGGUGAUGUAUCUGAACAUAUGAUCAUCUGGUGUGAUCCUCUCAUGUUCUUGUUACCAGUGCUGAAUCUGACCCUCCAGAUGUCUCUCUGACAUUUCUUUUCUCUGCGGUGCACAGUAAUGGGUCUUUGUUCAGUUUGCAGGUGUUCCCUGAUGAUGCAGGGCCAAAUUCAGCCCAAGAUCUCAGUCUGCUUGUUUGUUGGGAAGGCAUUGCUCUGAAUUCACUGUGGCUCGGGAACUCUUAAACAAAUACCACAAUGGGUUUAUAAUGGAACAGCAGCAGUCAAGGUCUCACUGACAGGCAUCAGGAGAAGCUCCAAAUGCAUAACUGCUGACCUCGUGUUGCUUCUGCACUAGUACAUAAAUGUCGUGAAGGAGACCCCAUUGAGUUAUUUCCCAUACACAGCUUCCUCCUUCAAAGAGCCAGUAAAGGAUGUAGUAGAACAAAGGACAGAGUCACUCCAUGAACUUCAAGCUUAGCAAUGUCAUAAGGCAUCUUGCUAGCAAUCGAUUUCAAGUGAGACCCUAGCUGCACUGCAGUCAUAAGGUCCAGCAGCAACAGAAAUACCAGCCCUUCAGCUACCUACCACGUAGCUAAAGGGCAUCUGACCUUCUUGACCAUUGCCUCCACGUGGCUGUGGACCACCGUGUCACCAGGAGUGCUGAAGGGAUGGAGAGCCCUGGGAGUCAUUCCUAGGCAGCAGAUUAGAGCAACUCACUGUUGGUAUGACCCCUUCACUAAAGGAUGGAGCUUAGUAUCCUGCAGAUGGUGUCUCAGCAAGCCAUGUUAUCUUCCUUCCUUUCUUUCUCCAUGUAGAAGCGUAACCUUUUGCACUACCACAGCCUUAGGAGGUCAUAAGCCAUCAGCCCAGCAAGAGUGCCCCGCUAGAAGUGUUUGUUGACUGUGUAUGGUACGGCUGAAGAGUCACAAAUUGGCUAUCCCUCAGAUUGUUAGUUUGGGCAACAAACUCUAUAAACUCACUGGAGACCCAUGCUGUGAGCCAGUGCUGAAAUCUGUGCUGAGUAUACUCACUGCCUUUGCAACAUGAGCUAGGUAGAGUGAAACAGCUGUGUCUCUGCAGGCUCAAGUCACUUUUCCUGUUCCAGUGUAGACAGAUGCUCUGUCCCCAGGAAGAGUUAAAGCAAUUCAGAUAUCAUCUUCUUCAAAGUUUCCCAAUUUGGGUCUGGAUUAGGUUUCUGAAUAUCACCCAAAACCCUGCAUCAUGUUUUAAGUAGUUCUGUAGCUGUUUAGGUGAUGACUCUUGUUGCUGAUUGUGCAUAUUUCAUUGUCUGGUGUGCUGAUGGUGUCCUAGAGGUUGUGUCUCUGGCUUCGCUAUCAUGUGAACUGCAGCUGGUCCCACAUUUUGGUGGUUAGCUUCAUGGCAGAGAAGAUAAUACUAUUUGGCGUGAGGAUGUGCUCAUAAAGAACCAGGUCCAUUCCAGUAUUUUUCUAACAUGCUUCUCUGGUCCUCCAAGAAGAACAUCUUGCAGCUGUUUUAAAAAGUCAUGCCUGGUUCUCUGCAGGAUUUUCUUCCUGCUUCCAGAUCUUUUUUUUUUCCCUGUCUGCUAAAAUACCAAUUGUUUUCUUUUCUGCGUUCCUCAAAUCAAAAUAUUUAGUGAUGGACUUUUCGCCAUGACAUCCCACUGUAUCCCCUAACUACUGUGGAGUGUUCAUCAGUCUCAUUGACAUUAACCAGUUCUGCAGGAAAACAGCACUGCCAAGCAGGCAGGCUCCCGCUCCUGGACUUGCUCAGCAUAUCUGGUAUUGUCAGUGACGGUCCCUCUGUGAGUCUCUUGGGGGUGAUGCUCUCACGGGCAGAACCUGAGAAGCUAUCAGAAAAUACUUUCCGUGGCCUGGCAGUUGCACUUGUACACGCAUGAUGCUCCCUUCUGGCUUUGACAUCCACAAAGCUAGAUCUGCUUUUCAUAGGGGGGGAAUCACGAUUUGCUUUUCAAGGCCUAGUCCAUCUCCUCUGCCCCAUCUGUCCACAACACUGGAGUCGUUCAUUACUCAAACCCUCCCAAGCCACCGAUAAGUUUUCUCCUUCUGUCCUUCAACCAGUUUCCCUUCCUCCUUCUAGCAGCUGCUGAGAAACUUCAUGGACCCGUCUGUCCUCCAGGCUAGGCAAAUAACCAGGGCUCCUCAGAGCCAUCAGGCCGAGCAGAAGAUGGGUGAGCACAGGGUGGUACUGGAAGUGCUUUGAUUCAUGGAAUUAAAACUCAAUAGGAUUAAACUCGCAGGCAGUUUCAGAAGCCCAGGUCCCUGCUGGUCUUCCCACUUCUCACAGGCUUUGGGGUUAUCCAUGUUCACCAUUACACCCUAAACGCUUGCACUCAGAAAUCUUUGCUUAUACCUACUAUGUCUGCGACCCCAGAGGUGGCUGUUUUGAGUUGGUCACCUCUGGAGAGGUGACAGAUGAUAACCCAUCUGGGCAUUCCUGGAGAGAGCCAGAGGGAGACUUCCUGAUGGGGGCGAGGCCUGGGGAAGGCAUUUGGGAUGGCUGCCAUCCACAAACACAUCAAAGGUGCAAAUGGCUUUUAUCAAGAGGCAGUAAAACUUUAAUCCAAAGCCCACUUUAAUGUAUUUGCCACAUAUUUAAAAGGGAACUGAUUUCAGAAAUGCUUUCGAGAGUUUUAAAAAUUCUCCUGGACCCGUGUCUUACAACUCUCUCCACUCUGGAAACCUGAUGCUUUUGUUUCUGGGAUCCCAGAUGUUCAGGACUCAUGACUGAGGGGAGAAUGAGAACUAAACCAUUUCUAAACCUUUUCUGAAACAUGUGCUCAAAUAGCUUUUUUUCUAGCUCUAAGCCUCUGUUAAACUCUGAUUUUUUUUUAAUCACAGACCACGCUUACAAGUACCACCUCCUCAGUCAGGAAGUGAGACAUCUUCCCAUUCAGUUGUCAAAAAUCCCUUAUUUCCAGCUCGGUAAGGCUGCAAGACACUGGCCUUUUGACCUGCUGGGCUGCUUGCCUCUAGUCCGGAGCUUUAGCUGGUCCUAUUUUGCUGGAAGAAAUCUACCUUUAGUGUGGAAAACAGGAGCAAUUCCCUGGCAAGAUCAGAGGAACUGUAGCCUUUCUCAUUUUCUUUCUUUUUUUCUUUUUCUGCGGGAGAGUUUAAACAUCGCUGCUUUCAUUUGGAAAGGGCGAGUGACUUUCCCAUGCCGUAAUACCCAGCAAGUGUUGAGAGAAUGUGGUUACAUAAAACCAUAUUUUUAAUACAACCGACAGACUGUCUUGAGAGCUAAGUGUUUUUUGACAGUUUUUAUGCACCUGUUAAUUCAAAGCUCUUAACAUGUGCCAGUUAAAAAGAGCCAGGCACUAAAACAUCCACCCUGUGGACGGCAGGGGCUCAGCUGCACACCAGAGCACAGGGAAUCCGUGCAAGGUAGAAAUUUGGCUUCUCUUCCAGGACCGACUGGUACAUGACUAAUUCAACUCAGAGCUUUUGUUUCCCAGUCCUGCUUGGCCUUGAAGAUUCCUGCUUCUGCUUUGGACCUGAAGAACAGCUGACGUUUCUUUGGGUUUCUUCUGUUUGCUUUUCCCAGCUAUGGUAGAUAUCAGAAAGAAAAGAUGUUAAACAUCCCAUCAGGGCUAUGUCCUUAAAAGAGAUGCACUGACAAUAUCUCCCCAGGCUCCUCUGCUAAAUUUGUGCCUUCUUGUUUUCUGGAUAGUGGGGUUGCUUCUUAUAAUCAGUGGUGAGACAGGCAUUGGCAAAGCCCAGAUGGAAACCUGCUGCACAGUCCUCCAGCAUGUCUGCUGGACCCACAGAGGCUACUCCAUGCUCAGAGGGGGUAGGUGGUCUCUUUAGACACAGCCUUGCUAUCAGUAACAUAAAGUAAGGCUGGGAAUUCCUCCUCCUCUUCUCUAAGGUUUUCCUACUUCUCCACCCCUUCAGUAUUACCAAACUCUGAAUUUAGAGAUUUUCUCAGGGUCAUUUUAAACCUCUCACAGCCAGAUCUUCCCUCUUCCUUCUCAGACUUUCUCCCCACGCCCCAUCUGCUUACAUCCCAUCUCCACAGAGUUUUGGCUGGCUGUCCACCCUGUGGGUCACCUGGUGGCCUCAUCCCUGUGGAGAAAAGCUUGAAAACUCAGCAUCAUCUAACAUAAAGGCUCAACAAAACAGAAGGCAGAUACAACAAAUACAAGAAAGCUUUAGAAUUUUAAACACUUGCAGGUGCUGCCACAGGAGUUUCUGUGGUAGAAAUGACCGGCUAACCCUGAAAUGAGAGGCCGCUUGUUUUUUUGUGCAAGCCCUAGGCAUUUGUGACUGUACAUUUGGGAUGUGUUUCUGUGUAAGGUGGGGUUAGCAUGCCACUGCCACUUUCCUGCUGUAUAAACUUUGUCAGUCAAGCCCUCACCUGAUAAUUACACUGCCUUCAGGAGGUGGGGCUGUGGCAUCUCUAGAUCUUUCCUUGAUCUCAAGGCCAAGACGCAUGAUGACGAUCUCUAGUGUUAAGCCCAGAGCUUUGGGCUCUGAAGUAUCGGGGCACAGCACAGAGGUGUGUGAAGGCCAAGGAUAAUUGUCCUGUAGGGUUGGAGAUAUGGGCUGGAGAGGGAGGGAAAAUGGCCCUGGCUUCAUUUGCAUGCCAGGCUUGUUGGGGUGUUUAAGGUAAGCUGUGUCAUCCAUUCUGAAGUGGAGGUGAAUCCAACACUGCUAUCCUAGCUGGGUUACAAGUAGGCAGCAGGUUUGCCUGUGGCAAUGCGGGUACCAGGAGUUGACCCUCACCCCAGCUGAAGGGGAAGGUGCUCUCAGAGGACACAAGAGCAUAUAUUUGGAGGACAAGGGUGCCUCGGUACAUCCUGCAUGUUGAGCCCCAGCUGAGGAGAUCACUGCAAGGUGGUCAGUAGAGCUGAUGGGACAUGACGAGCAUGUGUGAUGUCUAUAGCCGAAGAUGGGAGAAAGCCCUGCUAGGGCCUAGCCUUGGGCACAGAAGGUGCGCUGGAUUUGUGUGCUACAUAAUGUGGAGCCUCAGGUUAGUCGGGACCUGCCUCAAAUUACAGCUCUACUAGCCUGGACAGUUGAUGGUGAGUGGGCUGUAUUGCCAAGAGCAGAUCAAGGGCUGCUCAGAGCCGAUGGCUGGGAAUCUUCUGCUGUGUGGUUUUCUGUAGUGGUGCUGAACAUCAAUGUUCUUUCUUGCAUCUCUACUAAGAGGCAUAAAUCCCUUUCCCUACAGGCUCUGUUUGUAGGCCUGAUUGCUUGAGAGUGGGAAAACUCAUCGUGAAUAACUUGUCAGGACGGUUUUAGUAUCUCUGAAUGCUGCACGUGAGCUUGAACUGACGUGAGGGGGUUUUUAAGCAGGAAACACUAGAUGAGGGCUUGCCAGGGCAAUAGAUGGGGCUAGGAUUCCAUAUCAUUAACACUCAGUCUGUGUAUUGCAAAAUCACCUGGCAGGACAAAUAUGAUCCAGAUCAGGUGUGUGCACACUGUUGCUUUGUGUCGAAUUAGCUAGAACAUGCUAUAUAGUGUUUAUAUUGGCUUCAUGUUUUACAUUGGCUGCAGGAAGACAUAUGAUACCCCAUCUGGCAUGAAUUCUGUUGGACUAAAGUUACCCCAUAACAAUUCAGAGGAUAAAUUUGACUAGGCAGAGUGGUAUACACUGCAUCAGUGUUUUGCUGCAUCUGGUCACAGCAGUUUUAAUCCAGUCCUGGGUACCCUGAAACAAGACUUUCUGUCUCGGUACUACUUAACUGUGCAGGUAUGUGAUGCUCAUGGGGAUGUUUCCCUGAAGAAAUGUGAGCUCUGCUCUUGCUGAAAGGUUGUAUUAGUGUUAUUUCUUAGAUUGCUACUUCAAUAGCUGCUGUGUGUGGACUUGACCUGUAGACUAUGUCUUUUUGGGGUGCAUCUUCCAAGCAAGAUUAAGGUGCAGGUAGGGUGACCUCCUGUUCUGGAAUGACAGAACUGGAAAGGAUCUCAAGACGUCCUCUAACUCAUAGCCGCAACCAAGUCCACCCUGUCUGUCCUGACGGAUAAUUGUCCAAUAGUUUCUGCACCCUCCAGUGAUGGAGAAUCUGUCUCUCAGCAGUAGAAGUUUACCCUAAGGUCUAACUGGAAACUCCACUGCUGCAGUUUAAACCUGGGUCUUCUUGCCCCCUUAACUGUGUUUGAGGAGAACGGUUUUUCCUCUUCCCAGGGCACAGCCCUUUCUCUGUGUUACCCUUUAAAGCAUUUGCACAGCAGGCUCUGCAGUGAGACAGGGAGUGAAGUAUGCAUGGUGGGAAGCAUCCAAAACUUGCUCAGAUCUGCAUUGAGUUUCCAACACUAAUCGAGCCAUCUGUGACUCAUCUUCAUGCUUGUGCGUCAGCUCAUGUAGAUAUCCUCAGAGCAAGCAAAGCACUGGAUCACUGCAUGCUCGCAUGGACAACAGCACUAGGUUUUGUGGUGGUUGUCCUCAUGAGGGCACAGAGCUAUGAUGCAAGGUAAGUUCAUAAGAAAGUAUGGUGGUUGUUUACCGCUAUAUUCAAACUCUGAAACACGCUCAAUUUGCAACUACAAGAAAAUGAUAAGAGUCAUAAUCCUUGCUGAGAGCCUAACUACUUUUGAAAACAAGUUGUCUCUCUUUCCAUCUGAUUUAAAUUUGAGAGAACCGCUCCAUGUCCCAAAGCUGAAUGAUUUUAUCACCUCUUCACCAGCCAGAGUAUGUGAUGACAGAUUUUUUGAUCAAAUUAAAGAAUAACUUUGCUGAGAGAUCUCCCAGUUUUCACCCAUCUGAGAAGCCCUGAUGUUUCCUUGGAAUCCCCUUGCCCUUUUGCUGCAAAGGUGGCUUGCUCUGAGCGCAAAACAGCUCUCUAGGGCUGGAGAGCAAAGGGAGGCUGCAACACAGCUUCCAGAUCAAGCUUGGAAGUAGGAGCUUCUUUCAUUAAGCUCAAAGAAGAUGUGUAACUUUUUUUUUUUAAAGAGUGCUAACUGCAUUCAGUUAGAAGCACUGUUCAUGGGGUAAAAUGUGUAAACCUCAUUUAGGAUGCUAAAACAGUUAUAUUAAUUGUAUUGCUUAAAAAUGUGCAGAGUAAAAUAAAAUGAGCCUUUUUUCCGGUGUGCUCUUCUUUGGAGAACUUUCUGAAAAGCCCUUCCUUGGAUUGGUGAUAGUGCACCGUCUUAUAGCCAAAAAGUGCUUGGCAGAAGGGUAAUGCGAAUGUGACCUUAAACAUCAGAAGGCAGCAAAGUACUUGAAUGCUGAUGCACUUUUCCCAGCUGCUGCUGACAAAAUUAAUUUCCAGGGCGGAUGCAAUAGCUGAUCUAUCUUGGACAAAGGUUUUCCUUUCCAUAGCCAUGUGCACUAAUGAAAACAGCAAUUUCCAGUGAUACUUCCUGCCCAAGAGUAGAUCUGUUGUGGACUUCACAUCCCCUCACUUAAGGUAUCUCCGAGUCCAAACUGGACAGCUUGGUUCCCUCUAAAAUCAAGCGGCAUGUUGUUCAGAGUAUGGCUUGUCCUAAGGAUCUUGGGUUAGAAUUUCUCACCGUUGGCUACAGAGGGAGCCUUGAUGAGUGACUCAGGUCUGGAAGGGACUUCAGCACAAUAGGAAUUGCUUGAUUUAGAAGGAAAUUGAGUAGCCAGAGCUGCAGGGAGAGCUGUGCUGAUCUACUCCUUAGGGUUUCUGGCCAGCCAUGUCCUCGGGUGAAUGAUGGCGACCUGGGUGAAUAAAGGAUGCUUUGUACUGUGGUCAAAUUCAGAUACCUGGGGGAGGGGACCAGGGAAUGAAGCAAUUCUGUUUGUUUUGAACCAAGACAGUCUUUAAAAAAGGAAAAAAAAAAAAAAAAAGAUAAAAUAAACCAGAAAUAUUGAGUCAACCUAGGACACGGUGUUUGAUCUGAAACACAAUGUUCCAUUUUACAGUUUAAUUUAAAUUUUUUUCUAAAGUCAGGUUUUUCAAUAAAACCUCCAAAAGGCUCAUUUCAGAAACACCUACAUGAAGUCAACCUCUUUGCUUUGAAAACACUUUGGAAUGAAAUGUUUUGAAGUUUAAAAAAGAGCCUCCUGUAUUAGGUUUGUUGGUUUUGUUUGUUUUUUUGGCAAAAGGUGCUUGUCAAAUUCAGCCCAACUUUGUGAAUGGUUUAUGUCCCUCCAAAAUUAAACUCUGGUCAAAGUUACUGUUCACUGCACAAAUUCACCCGCUGUAUCUAUGAAUCCGCCGAGGGCAAAACGGAGUCUCUGAUUCAACCCGGAGCUGUUCCACCUCCUUGGAACCAGGGAGGAGAACCCAGGGCGUUUUCAUAAAGGAAGCGAUUCAGCUCUCAGUAAUCAAAACCCAGGUCCUGCUUCCUUUCCAAGGGCAUCUGGAGUCUCCUUGCUGCAAGUGGCCAAAAUUCCCAUUGUCUCCAUGAGGAGUUAGAGCACAUCCUGCCACCAAAUGAAGAAAAUAGAAGAGCAUGGGAAGAAAUGGUCCAAACCCCUUUUACUUAUCUGCUUCCAAGAAAAAAUAUGAGCACGAGACAUGAGGUUUCUUUUCAGGCACUUUCUAAUGACUCGGAUGAUCCAACGAAACAAAUGAGAGCAGCCAGGAGAGUGCUCCGCUCUAAAAGGGCAGAGAAAUAUUUGCCAAUGCAGCAGCUCUGCAAAUGUGUGAGGCUGUUAAGCUCCUAAUCCCAUGUCUUAUUUUUAUGAAUUUUCACACUAGUGGGAUAUAAUGAACGUUGAGCCCAAAGACAUUAAUUACUCGGGUCCUUUUUUUGAGAGGAAUUUCGAUGGAGUGUAACGUUUUAAAUUACAAGGUGUGAAAUAAACUCUACAAAACUUACAGCUUUAGUGGAGGAACUCCAAAAUCAAAUAAAAAUGCAAAACCGCUGAUGAAGUCCAAUUUACUGUAAAAUGCCCUGGAUCAUGGUGUUCCAGUAAUUUUUUUUUCCCUACAUACUUUGGUUAAAAUAAUUUAUAUCCGCUGCAGUGUUUAUGUACCUUAAGCUUUAUUUAUUAAAGGAUAUGUAUAUUUCAAGCCCGGUUUUAAUGAGACAUGCUGAAAUCUGUAAGGUACAGUGCAACUUUUGUUCUAAUCAGCACUAAAUCUCUUCUCUUUACUUUUUCUGUGUUGAAAACAUUCAUGUUGGACGGAAAGAGCCGUGUGUGUGUGCGCGUGUAUAUAAAUUUCAGAUAUGUAUAAAUAUAUAUGUAAAGUAAUAAGCAAAAUUUAUUUCUCUUUUUCUAUCGUCAGGGCAAAUACUCCAUCAUUGUUCGGUCUGAGCACUUAAAAUCACGGAUGGAUUUUAUCCUUAUUCUUAGAACGGGACAAUUACUUCUUUUUUUAGGCAAAUUAUUUAUUUGCCAAAAAUUGUGCUUUAGGUUGGUUGAAAAUGUUUGUGAAUUUACAUCAUCUUAACGAACUGUUCUGGC